AUGGUUAAAGUUUGCGGGAAGACUUUGCCCAAGCUGGUGAUGGACUUCGCUGUCUUUGUUGUGCAUGCAAACGAAUCUCGUCUCUCCAUCAACGAAGACAAUGCUGGCAUUGGUUACGGGAGAUUCUACCGAACUUUGCUUCAAAAAACGGGUGGGUUUCAAUAUAAAGCACUUCUGUUGCCUUCCACUGAUUCUGCCCUUCAAUAUGUACACUGGUGAUUGGCAAUUUUACUACACUAAUAGUUUUCCUGCAGCUGAUUCAGUUAAAGUUUCACGCAUGAAAAAAAUAGUUGGUAAUUUUACUAAAACAUAUCCAUUUUAAUGAAACGUAAGGCACAGUAAUACGUGCAUGAGGGAACGGUUUAACUAGUUAACGCAAUAUGCGUUACAUGCUACUAUGGGUUAAACAUGCAAACCUCACAUAAGAAAGGCGGAAUUCCCGAGGCACCUUGUCUCUAUUUUAAUGACCAAUACCGUCAGUGUGAAAGCUAAAUUAGUAAUAAAACGCCUUUUAAUUUCGUUCAGUUUUUAAUGAAAGAUAUGGCGGAUCGAAAAUAGUUUCGAUGGAUAAGGUAUAAAGAUGUAAACAACCUUGAAGCACUUUCAGUAGGAUGAAAUCAUGCUACACGGCAAUGCCGCGCGAAACAAAGGACUGGUUUCUUGGAAAGACUUUUUUGUACGACAGUCACAAAAUACUUCCGGGAGCAGUUUUUAUCGUCAAAGGUACAAGUCCAAGUUGGAAAUUUCUCUGAAAAGAUAUUUUUUUGGGGCCAGUGUGCCUACCGAAAUCGAAAGUGUUUCCGCGACAGAUUUUGUAGCACUGACGAGUCUUCAUUCUUUAUUCUGUUUUUGCUUAAGAUGAUAACGUGCUGAUCGUGAUAGGUAGAGACAGUUAUUACAAAGAUGAAAACGAAGAAGCGCGGUCUGUCAUCUCGCGCUGGGCGAGAAGGAAGGUGGCUUCACAGUUCCGUGAGGAGUAUCUGGAUGGAAGGCAAAGCUUUAUCUUUUCUUGGGAUAAGAAACACCGAAUGAUCCACGAGGAAGCAAUGCAGCAUUUUCUCGAUCCUGGCAAAAGAGGAUCCAAGUUUGAAUACACACCUCCAAGGCCCUUGCCAAAGCCCAUACCGCCUGUGAUCCCUCAGCACCUGUCGAAGCCUGUGGUCACCUCUGCAGGCUGA